AUGACAGACCCAUUAUCAGCGGCCUCGGGCAUAGCGGGCCUCAUUUCCCUUGCCGAUAUCAUCUUCAUCAAGCUCGUCCAGCUCCGGAAGCUAUGGAAAUCCGCCAAGAAGGCAGAGGACGAUGCGCAAAUCCUGAUGACGCAAAUCAGCCCGUACGACUCGAGCGUUCGCCUCACCGCCGUCGAGGCGUGCUAUCAGAGCCUAAGUGACAUUCGCAACAAGCUCAAUGCUGCGCUGGACAAGAUGAAGAGCAAUAGCGGGAGGCAGCGGCUCGUAGAAAAGGUCAAAUUUGUGUUUUCUACUGACGAGAUGACGGAAUUAUUGGUAAAUCUGUCUCGGCACCAAGAUACCUUCCAACUCGCCAUCGCGGCGGAUUCUAUGAGCGGCAUCAUCCAGUGCCUCAGCCGAGGCGAAGGGGUAAAGCAGCAGGUGGAAGAGGUUGCGACUGACGUCAAACGCGUACUCGACAUUUGUGUGAGGGUCGACAUGAGUACUCGAAAGAAGAACAUUAUCGAAUUCUUCAUGAAAGAGAGCCCUGGCCAGGCGUUCCAGACAAGUUUAAAGCUCCGUCACCCACUCACCGGGCUAUGGAUCCAGCGAUGCCCCGAAUAUCAGUGCUGGCUCAAAGGCUCGACAACCAGCCUGUGGCUCGCGGGAAUGAUGGGCGCAGGGAAAACGGUGCUGGUGGGAACCGUGAUCGAGGAUGCCCUCCAGCUCAGCAGCGAUCGUGUAGCAAACCCGGAGGCAUUCAAGGCUCUCGAGGAUUAUCACAACACCCUCCACCCAUCGACGGGCAUCUUGCAAACCUCCACCUCGGAAGAGUUGCUCGCUGUCCUGGAGAAAAUGAGCGCAGUGCUAGAUCGCAUCAUAAUCGUGGUUGAUGGUAUUGACGAGGGAGAAAAGGUAGACGAGAUCCUCUCUAUACUCACGAAGAUCUCGAAACUAUGCCGCGUCUCGCUAGCUGUUUCCAGCCGUGAUGAGGUUCAGAUUCGGGAGGCAUUAGUAGAGUUUGACGAGCUCCAGAUAUCGGCGACCAACGAUGACGUACGACUAUUCGUCAUGGGAGAGAUGGAAACACGGAUUCAGUCAAGAAAACUACGCAACGUGGGCACAAAGAUGAAGGAGGAGAUUGUGGAUACACUUAUUACCAAGGCUCGGGGAAUGUUUCGGUGGGUAGCAUGUCAAUUGGACUAUCUAUGUGAGCUCUCGACGGAUAGGCAGCGGCGAGAAGCGAUGAAAAGCCUGCCUCCAACACUGCCCGAGACCUAUAUUCGCAUCUUGGAGAGGAUCCCCCUUCCCAAUCUCGAUGCAUUAUCCCCUGAACAAGACAACCGGACUCUGGCGCUCGCCUGCCUCAAUUACCUCCAGGUUGCGAAUUUCGAGCGACUUGUUUGUGGUGACGAAACGAUACUCUUCGAUUCAGAGUUGCCGUUCCAUAGGUAUGCGAUUUUGAACUGGGCGCGGCACGCUGCCAACCACCUUGAAGAUGACGAGGUGUUUGGACUUAUGAAGACGUUGUUCGACCCAGCACGGAGCGCUCCUCCAAAUUACGCAUGGAAACUAAACAUGCUUCCUCACAGUGGUGACAUGAGCCGCUAUGGAGAUGACAAGACAUCCAUCUCAGUCCCGAGUCCUUUCGAGCUUGCAGCGAUAGGACCUGAGAUGAUCUGCACCGGGAUCUACGACAGCCCAAGUCGAGAACUGCCGCAAGACCAAGCGCUCUGGAAUUCCAAGUUCGAUAGCUUUGGGAUAACCACAGUCCGAGUCCUGGAUACACUCCAAACUCUCAGAGCUUCAGGGAUGGAAGACACCAAGCCACCGUUCCCGCGCCUUGACCACACCCUCAACACCGUCAUACAUCGAGCGGUUUACCUUGACCCUUCUUACAUCAUUGUCGCCGUCCGGGUUAUCCUCUCUACCGUAGCGGCCGUGGACGUCUCUAAAUUGCCGGAAACGCCACUGGCGGCUGACUCGAUGGAGUGGUUUAUCCGGGAAAGAGUGUGGGUGAAGUAUGGCAUGCAGCUCACUUAUAAGGUUGACUACGAGUCCUUGUUGAGAGAAGCCAUCCUCCAACUGAAUCCUCUUACAUCGGAGGCACCCUUCAUCGGUCGCCUCUGCUACGCGUGCUGGGAAAUGGCGCUUUCCUGGCGACUGGCGUUUACGCUGGACCCCUGCUUCGUCAGCACCGCAAUAAAGGUCAUGGUCAGCGCGGAGCAGCCGGGCCGCAUACCACACAUUCUCACAUUGACCAACGGGGCCGGGGACCUGAGUCACCCUUUACGCGAGGUCAUCGCUACGCUAGUGCGUCUCGACACCUUGGAAGCAUUCGAGAAUGCUAACGAGACCUGCGCAGUUUUCUCACUGCUGGAGCCUUUACCCUUCUGGUCCGAUGAGGGCGGUCGGAAUAAAGCGAUGGGCGCGAUACAGAACAAAGACAUCAUAUACCCACUUGAGGCCUCUAUCUUGAAGAAACUUCUUCAAAUGACAAAAUACCUUGACAACUUCAUUUCUUCGGAUGCCGCGAUCCUCCUCCACUACGCGUCUAUCCUCGGAAUCCGGUACUUGGCGCACGCUGAGGACCUGGUCAGAUAUCUACUCGCAUCCGGCUUAGACGUCCACAGGAGGGCAGGUCGGUACUCCCCGCUUGAGGUCGCGUGUUUAGCCAUCUCAGAAAGCGCUGACCUUUGCGACGCCUUUGCCUCGGUGCUGUCCGCGGAGCGCCUUGGCGAGGCGAACCCAACCGAGGGCAUGGCCGCCUUUCACUACGCAACGCUCGUACAUAGAGCAGAAGUAACACCCAUGAUGAAGGCGCUCCUGAAUUGUGGCGCCAAUGUCAACGCGCCAGUAGUAAAGUCGGGGGUAACGCCCUUGAUGGCAGCUGUAUCUCUGAAGAGCGUGAGCGGCGCGAUCUGGCUGCUUCAGCACGGCGCCGACCCAACGGUCAGUGACAAGACGGGGACAUGCGCCGUCAGUAUUGCAUGCAACUCGGGUUAUACUGCCUUUCUCGAGUACUUGGAGGGUUGGACGUCGCCGAAAACAGGCAAGCCUUUCGACUGGGAAGCCAACUCUCUCUACUAUUCAACCCGCAAACUCAAGACUCACCUAAACCCACUCCAUAUGGCGUGCAUUUCCAGCAAUCGAGCCGUCGUGGCCUUCCUUCUCGAGAGGAAGCUCGUGGGCAUCAACAACAAAACCCACCGGGGCUACACGGCGAUGCACCUCGCAGUAAGGUUCCAUAAUGCAGAAAUUCUGUCUCUCCUCGUAGAGUACGGCGCGGAUAUAGGCGCGGUGGAUAAUCUGGGGCAGCUUCCGCUGCACUGGGCCGUGGCCUGGGGCUACCUUGAUGCCGUCGAAUUCUUACUAUCCAAGGGCUCCCCGCAGACACGGAAUUAUUUAGGCAAAACUCCGCUCACAAUUGCAGUUGACGGUAAAAGAUUGGAAAUGAUUACGCUGUUCGAGAACAUUCUCGGAGAAAAACCGGCGGACAGCCAUGGCGCGCUAGGGCUAUCCGCGGCGGCCGACUUUUUCGUUGCAGCGGUCAAACGCGGUGAUGUCAACGCCGUUAGCCAUGGGGCGCAGGAGGUCGUCAACCUCCUCUUGAACCGAGGCGCUACCACCGCCGAUGUGUUUCCCUUCCUAAUAAUGCCCGACGAGCAUGAUCCCUGGCACGGAACUGUUCUUGAUUUGGCCGUGAUAAAAUUUGCUAGCGAAGCGAUAUUAUGGCGUCUACUAGACCGCCAUCUUGAAGAAGGAGAAAACCACCUCAACAACCCACCAGGGCUGUUGUGGAGAGCAGCGCUCCACGAAAAUAUCUUGGCCAUAAAUGUGCUGACAAGGCACUUAAAGGCCAAUAUCAAAGCCUACAGAAAGAACUGCACCACGCUCGAGUGCUCCGAUCUUUUCCUCCUCGCAAAUGGCGCCGACGUCCACCAACCCAACGACGUCGGCGCCCGGCCCCUCCAUAUAGCGGCACGCUCCAAGGCCCAAAACUCCGAUCAAAUCAUGAAAUUCCUCAUCGCUGCCGGCGCCGCCGUCAACGUGCGCAACAUAUUCGGCAAUGACGCUAUUUCAUUGUGCGGCCGAGAUCCGGUCAAUAGAGAAAUUCUUCUCAGCGGCGACGCUCCGCUCUCAUUCAGCACGUUUGCGCUGCAGCACCGCCCAUCACCCUUUGGCGACUUUAUCUCCAUUCUUGACACGGAUGCCUUCGUCCUCCUCGCGCGCCACGGCAUCGAUCCCACGUCCGACAAUGGCCUUGGGGCCAUACCUGCACACGCCGCCAUGGCGCAAGCUAAGGUUGCUAGCUUGCUCCUGAACGGAGAUUACGGGAUGACGGAACUGGCCUCGCCCCGUAUUGAUUUUGCCCAUCCUAUCGAAUCCUCAUGGCUGGGUAGCGCCUUUCGGCUCUAUCGUCGGCGGAUCCCCGAGGCGCGGUUCAAACGUGUCCUGGAGUCGCCCGUAUUCCACGGCUGUACCUGUCUCUACUGGGCAGCCCUGCGAGGGGGCAACCUCCAGGCCGUCAAGGUGUUGGUUCGCCACGGCGCGAAGCUCUUGUUCUGGGACGCGGACCGCGAGAUUUCCGCCAUCGACCUCGCCCGCGAGUCGGCGGAGGUCGUGCGUUGGCUUCUCGUGCUUCGACAUACGGAGCAAAAUAAGAUUCAGGCGGCCGGGGCAGAGGGAUCGGAAGGAUUUGGCAGUAUCCUCUGA